AUGUCUGACUUGCUCACGAUCGUCUAUGCCGCAACAACGGCUACCGUUCUAGCCCUGAGCGGACCAGCUAUUUGGAAAACAUUCGGACACAGCCUUUGUGUCCGCCCGACAAAGUACAAUCGGAUUUUGAGCUUGAGCUACCACGAUGAGGACGGAGAGGCCAGUGGUGACCUUUCUAUUCGGUGUCAAGCGGAAACAUCUUUGGUCACUCGACGCCUCGUGAUAUUUUCGGCGGCUGCUCAUACCACCCUGAUCAUCAUAAGAUCUUGGUUUCUGCCAGCAUUUCAGUCUUCACCUCUUUCAGAUGGGCUGGCCCUCAUCGGUGGAAUAGUCUUGCUGCUUCAGGCCUUGUCCUUGAAUUCUGAGCCCGAGAUAACUGGUCGGUAUCGACUCGGGAUCAGAGGAGCCUGGAGCUGGCAGGUCAUGGCCGUCGCUUUGGUUGCAGACAUCUACAAGAAUUGCAACCAAGAUAGUAUAUCUAUUGAAGUAUGGGUUGUUUGGCUUUGUUCGACAAUCGUGAUAUUGUUGGGACUCGGGGCAUGUCUCUCUUUUCCACGACGACCUAAAAUAUUCCGUGAUUCCAACCCAGUUGAUGGACAAUUUACUACCAGUGUCUUGGGUCGGCUAUCUUUUGGCUGGGCUACAGACAUUAUGUCGGCCGCGAAGAACACCGAAAUACCGCAAAUGACCCAUAAAGCCCGAGCAAAGUCCCUGCAUGAAUCCUUCAAAGACGCACGAUCCUCCAGCAUGUCUCUCUGGAGAACGAUCUUUUACCUCCACCGCGGGGUUUUCAUGAGACAGAUAAGCCUGACAACGGCGGUUUGCUUCCUCGGUCUUAUUCCCUCGGUCGCUCUCUUUGAGAUUCUACAGGCUUUGGAUCAACCGACGGACGACAAACAUCAGACUCGAUUGUGGACAAACGUGGCCCUCCUGGUAUUGGGAGUCCUAUUAUCUUCUACCCUUGAUACAUGGAAAGUGUGGCUCUCAUUUAACUGUCUGUCUCUGAGAAUCUUCGAGCAGCUCUCUCUGGCGGUAUUUGAUAAGUCGAUGCUUCUGCCCAGCGCCUGCACGUUUGUCGAUCCCGAUGCUACCGAAAAGGGUGCUGGAGACAGCAUGAACCUACUCGCGGUGGAUGCAAAGUACGUCGCCGACUGCGUCUGCUUUAGUUAUGUUCUGUAUAAGGCACCGCUCCAAAUGGCUAUUUCUGGUAUCUAUCUGGCUCGCUUGCUUGGAUGGCAGAGUCUUGUGGCAGCAGGCUUGGUUUUGGCAUUCCUGACGCCAUUCAACGUAUACGCAGCUCGGAAAUAUACUUUGUCGCAACAGAAUCUGAUGUUGGCCCGUGACCAGAAAAUGCAGGUUCUAACAGAGGUGCUGCAGUUGAUCCGUCAGAUUAAAUUCUUUGCCCAAGAGUCUCUAUGGGAAAAAGUCAUUGGACGGAGCAGAGAUAAGGAGCUCAUUGCACAGUGGCAUGCCUUUCUCUGGAGUAUUGUACAACUGGCCGUCUACUUGACCACCCCUGUGGUGCUAUCAGUUGUAUGCCUGGGAGUCCAUGCCAUGAUCUAUCGGACACUGUCUACCCCCACUGCUUUCUCUGCAAUUUCAGUUCUGAACUCCAUCGAGAUUGUCAUGUAUGCCUUGCCGGAUUGCAUAGCUCGGACUAGUACUGGAUUGAAUAGCAUGAAGCGUAUCGAGCAGCAUCUCGAAUUGCGCGAGAACAGUCCUCGGGCAAAAUCAGCCACAAGUGUUGAGUUUAUCAAUGCUACUUUGGGCUGGAUAAGUUCUCGACCAGGAGAGUCUGUGAAUCCCAUCCUGCGCGAAGUGACUCUGUGCUUCCCUCCGUCAAAAUUGAGCUUGGUGACAGGCCCUACAGGAUGCGGCAAGAGCCUGCUUCUGGCAUCAAUUCUGGGGGAAUCUAUGCUGCUUGGAGGAGUUUUACGUGUUCCCGAUGUCGGAAAAUAUACCUAUGUUGCGCAAGUCCCCUGGCUAGAGAACACCUCGGUACGGGAAAAUAUCCUCUUUGGCAAUCAGCUGGAUAUUGGCAGAUAUAAGGAGGUUCUUUUUGCCUGUGCUCUCGACCGAGAUCUCACUUUAUUCCCCGACGGAGAUAAAACAGAGAUCGGCCCGAGUGGUGUCAAUCUCAGUGGUGGGCAAAAGUGGCGUAUUUCAUUGGCGCGUGCACUCUAUUCUCCGGCCAAUAUUCUAGUCAUGGAUGAUAUUUUCGCCGCUGUCGACGUACACACUGCCAGUCAUCUGUUUCUGUAUGGACUGACAGGGCCCCUCGCCCAGGGCCGGACCCGGAUCCUCGUCACACACCAUAUUUCCCUCUGUCUACCGCGUACUGACUACAUUGUGUCCUUGGACAAUGGUUCGGUACAGUACGCUGGACCAGUUACAGGUUUGUCCACAGAUAUCAAACAAAGUUCAAUAAAUCUUGAAGCCAGCUUGCAUACAAUGGACAAACAUGAGCCAAUUACAACACAGAUGUCGGAUGAUCAAGAUUUCAGUUCUCAAGAACCUGAACGAUCGCCCUCGCAAUUCGUGAAAGAUGAGCACCGGCAAGAGGGCCCAAUGCAGUGGCGGAUCUGGAAAUUGUAUUUGACCGCCGGGGGCAGCAUUGUUCCCUGGAUCUGGGUAAUGCUGGCUUUCGGUGGAUAUAGCUUAUUGUUGACGGCCCGGGCUUGGUGGCUUCACAUCUGGAGUGAUCACGAGAAAGUGGCAUCUUGCGACUCAGCAGAGUCAACGGCGUGUGCAGGCGAUGACUUGCUUUUCUAUCUAGGAGUUUAUCUUGGCCUGGGGGGCUUGGCUUGUAUCAUUGGUACAGCUCGCAGCUACCUUACUCUACAAGCCUCGUUGCAUGUGGCAAGGAAGUUAUUCGACGGGUUGCUACAUACCAUUCUCCACACUCCUCUCCGCUGGCUUGAUGUUGUCCCACCUGGUCGGAUAAUGAACCGAUUUAUUGUGGACAUUCUGGUAGUGGACUCCCUGCUGGGGGACGACAUUCAAUCAACUCUUGCUAAUGCUUUUGAUAUGGCUCUGGCCGUUGUAGCCGGCAGUCUUGUGAGCCCUUGGCUCAUCUUACCAGCGGUGGGUCUCUGCAUUGUCUGUGUUAGAUGUGGCCAGAUCUAUCUGAAUACCGCGCGUGAGCUCCGGAGGUUGGAGAAUGUUUUGAAAAGCUCUAUCUUUGAGCAUGUUCGGUCUGCGCUCUCCGGAAUCUGGACGAUACGCGCUGAAGCCAAGACAGCGAUAUAUCUCGACAAAGUUACGGAAAGCAUCGACCACUACGCCCGCGCCUACUGGCAGCUGUGGCUCCUCAACUGCUGGCUUGCCUUUCGCAUGGAUGUUUUGGGAGCCCUAUUCGCCAUGGCUGCGAGUACAUUGGUUGUUACAUCACCACGGGUGAGCGCGUCGCUGGCUGGCUUUGCGAUCACUUUCGCCCUGAAGUUGGCCCAAUCAAUGUCGCUGACUGUUCGACGAUAUGCAAGUCUUGAACUUAGCAUGAACAGUGUAGAGCGUAUCUUGGAGUACUCAGAGGUGCGCACUGAGCCGAUUUACCAGGGCGAUAGCGUGCCUUCCUUUUGGCCUAGGCAGGGAUGUGUGCAAGUAUCGAAUCUCUCAGUGAGCUACGCCUCCGAUCUUCCACCUGCUCUGCACAACGUGAGCUUCACCAUAGGUCCAGCAGAACGGGUGGGUGUAGUGGGCCGUACGGGUUCCGGAAAAUCCUCUCUCGUCCUAGCUCUGUUUCGCUUUCUGGAGGCAGAUGAAGGUAGCAUUGUAAUUGACGGCCUCGACAUCUCCAUGCUGAAUUUGCACCAACUGCGUGAACGGCUAUCAAUCGUUCCCCAGACUCCAGCCGUUUUCUCGGGCACAUUACGGACAAAUCUUGAUCCGUUUGGGCAGUAUUCCGACGAACAGCUCUUAGCUGCGUUGCAGGACGUGCAAUGGAAUGAGGAUUUAACUACUCCUGCCAGCCCAGUCAAAGCUACUGGCGAUAUACCGGACAACGAAUCCCAGACCUUCAGUGAUGACAAUGAAUCAGCUAUGCCUCUAAUGACGAUGCAUCAUACAACCACUGCACAGCUGCCAACGACUACCCAGUCCCUUCUGGAUUACCCCGUCGCGGCGGACGGCCAAAAUCUCUCCCAGGGCGGACGGCAACUACUGUGUCUGGCGCGCGCCAUUCUGCAACGACCAAAGUUUUUGGUCCUUGACGAAGUCACAUCUAGUAUUGAUCAAUCAACCGAUCAGAAAGUUCAAGCCUCAAUACGACGUAUCUCAAAGCUUAAUUCAAUGAGUCUUUUGGUCGUGGCCCAUCGGUUAAGCACAGUCGUCGACUUUGAUAGGAUUCUCGUUUUAAGCGAUGGACAUGUUGCAGAAUUUGGCCAUCCCCGAGAACUCAUGCAGCAACCUUCUGGGGUCUUUCGGGCCAUGAUGUUGGAGCAUGGUGAAGAAGACUCGCUCGUGCAGUGA